UGAAAUUCGCCACCCUGCUCGGGGCUACAGUGUGGGAAUAUACAGGACGAGCAGCAUGACUUUUAGUUGAACUCUUUGAUGUUAUUUCGCGCAAAUUUUGGAUUAAGUUGGUCUCUUUUAAGUAAUGCUGACCGUGACUGUGUAAAAUCAUUUUUCAGUCGGUUGUCUACGAAAUAGCUAUGAAUUGACAAUACAGGCUUGUCUUCUGCGAAGAAGGUGCAUCAUAGCCUACUAAACGCCGGUUAAUGAACCUCCCAGUCGUUGAGACCUGACAGUUCAUCAGAAGCUGGCUGGCAAGAGGAGGGGUGGCUGACAUGUCAGAAGCUGAGGACGAGAGCACCAACAGCAGCCUGCGGAGGAAGAAACCGCCAUGGCUCACACUGGACAUACCCAGUGCUCAGAACCCUGCGGAAGACCACAAUAACUUUCUGCAGCCUGUCAUGCACAGCAGCUUGUAUCUACGCAGUGCCAGUGUACCCACUGAAAAUAUCCAUCUCAGAUGCCCGCCAGUCGACCCCAAUGCCUGCCGCAGGCCCUCGGUUCUGCGUAAACACCAGACCAUCUCUCAGACCAUCAAGAGGGGCACAGCAGACUGGUUUGGGGUCAGCAAUGAUGUUGAUGCCACCCAGAAAUGGCAGAGGAAGAGCUUGCGGCACUGUACCCAGCGCUACGGCAAGCUGAAGCCUCAGGUCAUCCGUGAAAUGGACCUUUCCAGCCAAGACAAUCUCUCCAUGACCAGUACUGAGACCCCUCCCCCCCUAUACGUCCCACCCACACAGCAUGGCAUGCAGAGGAUCGUGGACCCGCUGGCUCGGGGUCGAGCAUUCCGUAACGUAGAGGAGGUGGAUGGUCUCAGCAUAUCUCAGACUCCCAUCACCCCCUGCGCUGCCUCUCUCUGCUCCUUCACCAGCUCUCGCUCAGGCUUUAACAGACCUGCACGCAGACGGAAGCGUGAGUCUGUUGCUAAGAUGGGCUUCAGAGCAGCCGCUGCUCUGGUGAAGGGGCGCUCUUUGCGGGAAGGUACCAUUCAACGAGUACACCGGCGUAGUUUUGCAGCAGCUAGUUUCCUGGAAGAGGACACUGUGGAUUUCCCAGAUGAACUGGAUACUUCCUUUUUUGCCAAGGAUGGGUUUACACAUGAAGAGUUGUCCACAUAUGCAGAUGAGGUGUUUGAAUCACUUUCUGAAGCUGCCAUUAAAGAACCCGAUGCCAGUAAGGCAGCAGAUGAGAGGGACCUGUCGGGCAGUGCCCUAGACAAGACAGAACUGGAAAGGAGCCAUCUUAUGCUGUGUGUCACACGUGCACUUGCACACAAACAAACAUGUUUCAUAAAGAUGAACACAGAACCCCUUCAAGUCUCUAUCCCAAAAAAGUUAUUUGUUCUAUCUGUCUCUCUCAGGCCUCUUGAGCGGGGCUGGCGUAAGGGAAAGGAUGGUGCUCUACUUCAGCCUAAAGUGCGCUUACGGCAGGAAGUGGUGAGUUUGAGCGGGCAACGCCGUGGACAGCGCAUUGCCGUGCCUGUUAAGAAACUCUUUGCCAAGGAGAAGCGUCCUUAUGGCCUUGGCAUGGUUGGCAGACUGACCAAUCGCACUUACCGCAAACGUAUCGACAGCUACGUCAAGAGACAGAUAGAAGAUAUGAAUGAUCACAGGCCUUUCUUCACUUACUGGAUCACAUUUGUCCAUUUGCUGAUAACCAUCCUGGCAGUUUCCAUCUAUGGCAUUGCACCUGUGGGCUUCUCACAACAUGAGACAGUAGAUUCUGUCUUACGAAAUAAAGGAGUUUAUGAAAACGUCAAAUUUGUGCAGCAAGAAAACUUCUGGGUUGGACCAAGCUCGGAGGCGCUGAUUCACCUUGGGGCUAAGUUCUCCCCCUGUAUGCGUCAGGAUCAGGAGGUGCAUGAGCUCAUUCAGGAGAAGAGGGAGAGUGAGCGUCACUCAGCAUGCUGCGUCCGUAACGACCAAUCAGGCUGCUUGCAGACCUUGCAGGAGGAGUGCUCGAGUACACUGGCAUUAUGGGUAAAGUGGCCUCAGCACGUUAGUGCUCCCUAUCUAGAUGGAAAAGUGCGCCAGUAUGGUUCUGUAUGCCACCAAGACCCCAGGAUUUGUCUGGAGCCUGCAUCUGUUACACCUCACGAGUGGCCUGAUGACAUCACCAAGUGGCCAAUAUGCACCAGGUACAGCACAGUGAACCACACUAACUUGCCAAACAUUGAUUGUGUCAUUACCGGCAGACCCUGCUGCAUCGGAACCAAAGGAAGGUGUGAGAUUACAUCCAGAGAGUACUGUACCUUCAUGAAGGGGUUCUUCCAUGAGGAGGCCACACUCUGCUCUCAGGUGCAUUGCAUGGAUGAUGUGUGUGGCCUCCUGCCUUUUCUAAACCCAGAAAUCCCAGACCAGUUCUAUCGGCUGUGGCUCUCUCUCUUCCUGCACGCUGGGAUCCUGCAUAGCCUGGUGUCUGUGUGCUUUCAGAUGACCAUUCUGAGGGAUUUGGAGAAGCUAGCAGGCUGGCUGAGAAUCUCCAUCAUCUAUAUCCUCAGUGGGAUUACAGGCAACCUCGCCAGUGCCAUCUUCUUACCAUACAGAGCAGAGGUGGGUCCAGCAGGUUCUCAGUUUGGCAUCCUGGCCUGUCUGUUCGUGGAACUUUUUCAGAGCUGGCAGAUCCUUGAGCGGCCUUGGAGGGCCUUCAUCAAGCUCUCGUGUAUAGUACUUUUCCUCUUCGCCUUUGGCCUACUGCCCUGGAUCGAUAAUUUUGCCCACAUCUGUGGCUUCGUCUCAGGCUUCUUUCUUUCCUUCGCCUUCCUGCCCUACAUCAGCUUUGGGCGCAUGGAUAUGUACCGCAAGCGUUUGCAGAUCCUGGUGGCACUCACUCUUUUCCUGGGCAUCUUCUCCAGCUUCGUCGUGCUCUUCUACGUGUAUCCCAUCAAGUGUGAGUGGUGCGAGCUCCUCACCUGCAUCCCACUUACGGACAAGUUCUGUGAGAAAUACGACCUGAAUGCUCACCUCCACUGAGCCCUUCCAGAAGAAGGGCUGCAAGGGCUUUCUGGUGGCAUGGACAGAUUUGAUAAUAGACUCUCUUUGACUUAAAACAUUCAAUCUUCACCAGUGUCUGAAACUUUUUUAAAUAAUGUACUUGAUAAAGGUUUUAUAAUUUUAAUUGGUCAGGCUCAAAUAAGAGCGUUCCCCUGGAGGGAAGUAUAAUAGUUAUGCCAACAGUGCCUUUCAAGUUAGUACCAGCUACUGCCAUAUCUGAGUCCCAUUAGAUUGGAGCACAUUUGAGGCAACCCUGUAAUGUGUGUAGUACUACUACAGUGGUGUUUAAAUCUCGGUAGUGUUUUAGCUACCUACUCACAUGUAACAGAAAAUACAUUGCAAAGAAAUCAACAUGUCUGCAUUCAUUUUUUCUACUACUGGUGUUAAAAAAUGAUGGCUCUGUUCCCAAAACCUAAUGAGCUGAAUAGGCAGCAUUUUAAGGCAUCAUCUGUGCAUUCCUUAUGUGAAGGCUAUUCCAAAACAUAGACACUAGGAAGCAUAUGCUAUCUUCUAAGAUACCUUGUUUUAGAAGACAAUACUAUAAUGCUUUACAAUGAGCUCAAUGAAAAGAGCUCAGUGAAGCCAGAAGGUGCUUAGAAUUCUUCUCUAUAUGACUUUAAAGGGAUCAAUGGAACGGAGGAGGCGAGAACCGUCUUGACAAUAUAAAUAAUAGUUUUAAUGAUAAACUUAAAAGACAAACACACACAUGACGGACAUGUCCGUUAACGAUCUCUCUCACCCGCACAAUCCUCCGCAGUUGACCUUUAUCCCUCUCGGAGGCUUGAUUAGCCUGAUAAGGGACCGGGUGUGUAUGAUCACGACCCGGCCUCGCCCUCCGCCUUGCCGCAAUGACGUAGUAACAAAAACCAUGGAAACGAUUGACUCUGGUUAGGUUAAACAAGUACAGUUUAACCACAAGUAACAACUUCCUAGGUGUAUAUAGCACUUACAGUUGAAAAGAGCCACCCAACUUUUUUAUUUAUUUAUUUGUAUUCAGUGUUUUGAAUGUGAAGUCUCCACAGCCACAGUGUCCAUUGUAUGUGCACUUAAGAUACUCUCCAAAUGUAGUAGGUAAUCUGGGAAUUUCUCGGUUUUGGACAAACUACUCAAUUGACAUGCUGCUUUUGGCAUACUAUAUAGUACGGACACAGGCACAUUCGAAUGCAGAAUAUAUCUUAAAUAGAUUUAUAUACCAAUGAUGUUCCCGAACUUGUGAGCUGCCUUGCUGUCUACUACCUACAUGCUAACCGAUAAAGAACCUCAUAAGUGACUGAUAUAGAACUCUCUACAUAGGCAGCUAUAUAUUUGUGUGGCUCACAAACUUGAUGUGCAUGAGUUUUGGAAAGGAGCAUAUACUUUACAGAGAUCCAAUAAUAUACAGGGAACGCUUGUUCGAAAAUAUUCCCUAUUGAUAGCUGUUUCCAUUCCGCAAGAAUCCUGGCUCACACGUCUGUUCUUCAGACAGGUGCAUGUGUUUGCAUACUUAUCUCAGCUCUCUUUGACAGACAGAGGAGAGGCACACAUAAUUGGUCCUGAUCUCAGAGCUGCUCUUUGUGCCGUAAGUGUGUGGGGGAGGUUAACCGUGAGCGCGUCCCGCACUGCUGGCCAUCAGCCUGAAGGAUCUGCAGGAGUCUGGAGAGCACAUCAGUGCAUUAAUGGAGCUCCAUCUUCACAGUCCAGUGUCUCUCCUCCACCUCCUGUAAAAAACAAGAGAUAAGGCUCCUCUAUUGUGAGCUAUGCUAAUUACAAGUCUCCCAUCCCCCGUUUCCCUAAUGUAGCAAACACAACACAGCAAACCUUGUGUUAGUUUAGCCGAGAUGGUAAUUAAAAGCUAGCUAAUUAAUGUGUGUGCUGGGCUCUGGUCUGCUGUAGUCACUCAAGUGCUUUCUGCUGUUGUUCACGGAUCUCUAAACUGUGCCACUGUGGCAUCAAGUCUCAGAUCUGUCACGGCAUUUCAUGUGUUUUUUAACCCUUACGCAUUCUUUCUGACCUGCCUUACCUCAGCCUGCUCUAUUCCCUAAGUCUGUUAAGGACAAAGGAGCAGUUGAGGGAACCAUUGCAAUCAGAUCUUUUUGCAGCUCUGUACAUCAAACCCCACACAGGCACUUGAGAGGAAAUUAGGCAUCUCUCCCCUCAGCCCCAUCCUCUCCAUCCACUGGUCUAUAGUGAUGGUAAUUUUAGGGUAAGAGGGCCAUAUCGCAAAUCAUAGAUCAGAAUCAAAUCAGCAUGCAGGGAGAUCCUCUAAUCCAUCUACUUCAAUUGUGCAUAACAGCUAUUUGCUGAUUAGUGGGCUGCUCUCCUCCAAUGAGGAGGAACAUUUGAGAUACAGUGAUGUGAUGUCUCUCUCUCUCUCUCUCUUACUCUCUCUCUUAUCUCCUUGAUUUCUGUUUUAUUACUUCCCCCCUUUUUUCAAAAGUGCUUACUUCGACUGAUAUUGCUCAAGGUGAUAAACUUUUAUCUAAUUUAAUGAUUUUUUAUUUCAAAUU